ACACGUUCUGUUGGCGACAUGAAACAAUAUAAAGUUUUUAAAUUUUAUAUUAAUAAUGGCGAAGGGAGGCGAGUACAAGUUGUCGUGUGGAAUGACGAUAUUACACCCGUAGAACCACAUGUAAAAUUAAACCACAUUAUUCAUUUAGACGGAGUGCAGGCUCGUACUCCUAAAAUUUCACGAUAUAAUAACGGCAAUGUGCCCUACGAGCUACAGAUCCAGAGUAAUACAACAAUCUCCAAUUUGGGGAAAUAUAAUAUGGAACGAACCAAUUUAAUCGAACCGGAGCUUGUGGAGUUUUGUGAUGUAAUGAAUACAUCAUCAAGAGUCGCAUUAGAGGGCUAUAUAAAGUCCAAUUUUGGGCCAAUUUAUAAAACUAAUUUAAAUAAGAAAAUUGGAUGUGGAUCUAUCACUGAUGGGUACUUUAAAUUAGAAGUACAUAUUAUAAAUUUUGAUGAAAACGAUUAUGAACUUAUGAAAGGAGAUAAAAUUAAAGUAAUUGGCGAGAUGCAAUAUGCAAUUGAUCCAUCGUACUUUUCAGUACAAAGUCUAAAAGACAUUAAGAAAUUAGAAGAGCGAAUGUCUUUGACUAGAAUAAUAAAUGUUAAUCGCACGUUAAAGAAAAAGAAAUUUGAAGAAAAUUCAUCACAACAGUGUCAGAUCAAGAAAAAAAGCAAACAAGAAUAAAGAGAGAAGAAUUUCAAAAUGUUA